AUGCUAAAUACUCUAUACGUUUUACCCGAAUCACCAAGAAAUAAGUUCUUGAUGAUUUUUGUCGACUAUUUCAAGCUUGACAUCAAUGUCACCAAUGAACUUAGCAAGACGUUCGCUGUUGACUUCCCUCUCAAGAAAAGACCAGCAUUGGUUACCUCCAAGGGUGAAAAGAUAUGCGAGUCUGUAGCUAUCUUGAUCUACUUGUGUUCUCUAGUUCCUGAAGACGAGAAAUUGUUAGGUAUCAACCCUUGGGAAAACGCUCAAAUCUUGAAGUACAUAUUAUGGGGUCAAAUCGAAGUCUUGCCUUCUUACAUAUACCCUUUCAUGAUGGCUGUGGGUAUUUGUCCUUAUAAGAAGAAGGAUUAUGAUGAAAGCAUGGCCAACCUCGAACUAUUCACUAGUAUUUUGGAAACGAGAUUGGCAAACUACACCUAUUUGGUCAGUGAACGUAUUUCCAUUGCUGAUGUACUUAAUGCUUACUACUAUUCAGGUGUUUAUGCCACUGUUGGCGGUAAUCCAUUUACCAAAAAGUACCCUUCUGUUUACAGAUGGUUCUUGACAGUCUCCAAAAACUCUUUCUUUGAAGGUGUUCAGUUUAAGAUUGCUGCUGAACCAUUGACUUACCAACCUCCGAAGAAGGUAGUCGCUCCAAAGAAGGAGGCCGUCCCUAAAUUUGAAAACGUUCCAGUUGAAGAAAAGAAGCAAAAGCACCCAUUGGAAUCGUUGGGUAAACCUAGCAAUGCCUUGGACAACUGGAAGAGAGUUUACUCUAACGAAGAAACUAGACCAGUUGCCAUUCCAUGGUUCUGGGAAAACCAAUGGAAUCCUGAAGAAUGGUCCUUGUGGAAGGUUGACUACAAGUACAACGAUGAAUUGGAAAAGACCUUCAUGACCAACAACCAAAUUGGUGGUUUCUUCGCCAGAUUGUCUGCUUCCACUAAGUACUUGUUUGGUUGCUUGGUUGUAUACGGUGUUGACAAUGACAACGGUAUCACUGGUGCUUUCUUGAUCAGAGGUCAAGAAUACGCCCCAGCUUUUGAUGUUGCACCUGACUGGGAUACUUAUAACUACACCAGGUUGAACCCAGAAAACGAUAAAGAUAGGAAGUUUAUUGAAAACAUGUUUGCUUGGGACGAACCAGUUAUAGUCAACAGAGAAAAGAAGGUAAUUGCUGAUGGUAAGGUCUUUAAAUAA